AAGAUCUCAACGUUUUCCGCAAUCCUCUUCACAUAAACACCAUAUGAGUCUUCAUCCACCGACCUCUCUCUCUCUCCAACAAAGCUAUGGUGACUCUCUGUUUUCAAGACUCUGUUUCUCUCUUUGUGACAAUGGUGGUGGUUAUUGUUCUUCUUCUUCCUCAUCCUACACUUUCUGCUACGUCUACAUAUUCUCGUCGUCCCGACAAGUUCUACGUCAACUGUGGCUCGGAUUCUAAUGUCACUUAUGGUAACCAGACUUUCAUUGGAGAUAUGAUCUCCGGUGAUAACUCCAUAUCCUUCACCAGAGACGGAACUGAUGUCAUCAACCAAUUUGAAUCGUCCACUGCGCAGGAAAUCUAUCGGACGGCUAGGAUCUUCAGACGCCCUUCUCAUUACAAGUUCCAGCUCGGUUCUCUUGGUCUACACUUCCUGCGUCUCCACUUCUCCGCCGACUCUUCUCGAACAGAGCUUUCAACCGCUCGUUUCACAGUCUCUGCCACUUCCGGUUCUAACCGUCCCUUGAGAAGUUUCUCGCUUCAGAACUUCAACGAGACCCCACGAGUUGAAGAGUUUCUCCUCAUGAUUAACUCGCCAAAACUCGAAAUCCGCUUCGUGCCGGACCGCUCCUCUGUUGCUCUCGUCAGCGCCAUUGAAGUGUUCUCCGCUCCUAAUGACCUCACAGAGUCGGCCAAGAAUCUGCGUACGAUUUACAGAUUAAACGUAGGAGGCAAGAAAACCAGACCAGAAGACGACACGUUGGGACGAACUUGGUUCCCAGACGAUGCAUUUCUCUACCGAAAAGAUUCAGCCAGAAACAUUUCAUCGACGCAAAAGCCUAACCACCAGUCCGGGUCGGAACUCAUUGCUCCUGACUUCGUCUACCGGACGGCUAAAACGAUAGUUUCUUCUGAAAUGAUAUCUAUGAUAAACCUUACAUGGUCUUUUAAGGUCAAAAUCAACUAUAGACACUUCAUCAGGGCUCACUUCUUUGAUAUCAAGAACAACGAAUCACAACCCUCCGAUUUUUAUCUCUAUGUAAAUGGGCAUUGGCGUCUAUAUGUCAACCCUUUUGAUCACCAUGGGUCAGUGACUCCGUUUUAUAUUGAUGUUGUUAACGUCUCUGAUGGCUCUGGGCUUUUGAAUGUUAGUCUAGGCAAUACGGAACCUUACAAGGAUGCUGGUUUUUUGAACGGUCUGGAAGUGAUGGAGUUUUUGGAAAGUUCUUCAAAUGGAAGUAGUUACCGGGUUUACAUCGUCGCUGGAUGUGCUGGUGUUGCAUUGUUUUUGGUCUUGGGUUUGUUGUUUAUACUUUUCUUGAAGCGGAGGCGAUCCAAGGAGAUGCAGCCAGAAGUUGAGGUCACUGUGUGGUCGCCUUUGCCGUUGUACAGAGGAGGUGGGAGUUCCGAGAAUGGACCUUUUUAUUCGGGCAACAAUUCGCCAUUAGUCAACCUAAGCUUAGGCUUAAAGAUUCCCUUCAGAGACAUUUUGAUAGCUACAAACAAUUUCGACGAGCAGCUGUUGAUUGGGAAAGGCGGUUUCGGAGAUGUUUACAAAGCCAUUCUUCCAGAUGAAAGCAAAGUGGCUAUCAAGAGAGGCAAGUCCGGGUCCGGACAAGGAAUACUCGAGUUUCAAACAGAGAUUCAAGUCUUGUCAAGAAUCUGGCACAGGCAUCUCGUUUCUCUAACGGGCUACUGCGAUGAAAACUCGGAGAUGAUCCUUGUCUACGAGUUUAUCGAAAAAGGUACGCUUCAAGAGCAUCUAUACGGCUCAGAUUUGCCUUCCUUGUCGUGGAAACAGAGGCUGGAGAUUUGCAUCGGAGCAGCCAGAGGACUGCACUAUCUCCACAGCGGCUCGGAAGAAGCAAUCAUUCACAGAGAUGUUAAAUCCACAAACAUAUUACUAGACGAGAACACUGUUGCCAAAGUUGCUGACUUCGGCAUAUCAAAACUCGUGGUUCGUAAUCAAGAAUCGAUCAGUAUCAGUACCAACAUCAAAGGAACGUACGGUUACCUUGAUCCUGAGUACAUGUACACGCGCAUCUUGACGGAGAAAUCAGAUGUGUACUCGUUUGGAGUUGUUCUCCUCGAGGUUUUGUGCGCGAGACCGGCUCUCAGUAGGCACCUUCCUUCUGAGGAACAGAACCUAGCGGACUGGGCGAUGUCAUGCAAAUCGAGGAAGAUAGUUGAUAAGAUUGUAGACCAAAGAUUGGUAGGUCAAAUUGAGCCGAACGUUUUGAGGAAAUUCAUGGAAGUCGCGGAGAAAUGUCUUAAGGAUAGUGGAGACGAGAGGCCGAGCAUGGCGGAUGUGAGCUGGGAACUGGAAUACAUUUUGCGGCUUCAGAUGAUGACGAUUCUUGGAGAUAGUGCUGCGUCUAUCUCCAGCUGUGGAGGGGAUGGCUCCUUGGUGAUUCCAAGGCUAAUGGUGAGUGAUUCGUUUAGCUGCAACUCGAUUGUACAGGAGGAUCAAGUGAAGAAAUAUGGAAGUACAAAUUCAUCUCGUUCUCAAACUCGAGUUUUGUCCCAAGUUAGAGAGGAACCGUUACGAAAUUAACGAAGUGGAUGGUGCACUUUUUUGGAGUCAUGUAACGUUACCGUUGAGUGAACAUUAUUCCGAAGAAAAGUAGAAGUGUUGUACUACAAGCUGAUUUUCUGAAUGGUCUAGAGGUAAUAAGAGUUUGUAAAAAGAGUCAUCAUUUCAAAGAUGUAAGAAAUAGGAAAAAAAAAAAGAGUCUCAAAUCAAACUACGGCUAUUCAUUUCGUA